AUGCCCGGCAAGCAGGCCAAAGAGGAGCAGGAGGACGGCGGGGCCGCCGAGGACGGGGCUCAGGAGGGCCUGGGGGGCCUGACGCAGGAGGAGCUGCGGCAGGGCCAGGAGGCCGCGCUGGCGCUGGAGGGCCUGAUGGCGCAGAGUGGCCAAACCCUCGUCAGGGCCGAGGUGGCCGAGCUGUACCAGGACGUGCGUCUCCUGGGCCAGGGCCGCUUCGGCCGGGUCGUGCUGGUCACCCACCGCCAGAAAGGCACCCCCAUGGCCCUGAAGCAACUCCCGAAGGCCUCCACCUCCCUCCGUGGUUUCCUCUAUGAGUUCUGCGUGGGCCUCUUGCUCGGCCCGCAUCCCGUCAUCGUGGCUGCCUACGGCAUUGGCAUCGAGUCAGGCGACUCCUACAGCUUCCUGACGGAGCCAGUCCUGCACGGGGACCUCAUCUCCUUCAUCCAGCCCAAGAUUGGCCUCCGGCAGCCGGCGGCCCAACGCUGUGCAGCCCAGCUGGCCUCGGCCCUGGAGCACAUCCACUCCCACGGCCUGGUGUACCGAGACCUCAAGCCCGAGAACGUGCUUGUGUGCGACCCCGCCUGCCAGCGCGUCAAGCUGACCGACUUUGGCCACACCCGGCCCCGCGGGACCCUGCUGCGCCUGGCCGGGCCGCCCAUCCCCUACACGGCCCCCGAGCUCUGCGGCCCGCCGCCCCUGCCCGAGGGCCUGCCCAUCCAGCCGGCCCUGGACGCCUGGGCGCUGGGCGUUCUGCUCUUCUGCCUCCUCACGGGCUACUUCCCCUGGGACCAGCCCCUGGAGGAGGCAGACCCCUUCUACGAGGACUUCGUCGCGUGGCAGGCCUCGGGUCAGCCCCAGGACCGGCCACAGCCCUGGUUCGGCCUGACGCCCGAGGCAGACGCUCUGCUGUGGGGGCUGCUGGACCCUCACCCCCGAAAGAGGCAGCCCGUGAGCUCGGUCAGGGCCUACCUGGGCCAGCCCUGGAGGCAGCGGGACGGGGAAGGAGAAGAGGCCUCAGAGUGA